AACAGUGGUGCUCAUUGUGCCUUUCCUCUUUCCAAACGUGAUUUGAUAGUCCCGAGUAAAGAGAGCUUCAAUACAUCUAUGGAUGGUGCAGAAAUCUCCCAGGAACGGCACAAAGGGUCACUGUGGGUUUGAAGGGUCGACCCCACUUCUGCAAGCAAGCCGACUUAUCUGCCGACCAACGACUUUGGCACAACGACGGCGUCAACGACUAAGAGUCCACGUGAGCACUGAGGUGGACAUGGCGCUGGCGUCGACCGUUCAGACCAAUUACCAAAUCUCCAUUGUCAUCACCUGGCAAACGACCGGCGAAAACGAGUAAUAAGAAUCGGCUCAUUCAAACCUCCAUGGAGAAAUGGUCCUACUACACGUUUUUCCCGAGCUGAAGGUUACGUGCCUACCUAGGAGGUGGGCACCCACGGAGUCCGAGCUCAAGCCGGAGAGAACAAUGACGCCUAACAAUCCAAUGGGUGUACUUUCACAAAAAUCGUACAAUGUACAGAACGAUACAGUACAACCGAACCCCCACCAGCUUCCAUCAUCAUGCAAGCCCAACGAGGGAAAAUAUGCAGGGUGCAGCACAACCAAUUCUAGACUUCCCCAAUGGCUGAUGAGCAGGUUCACCUGCAUGCUCUGCCAGCCCUCGUUCGUGGCAUUUUCCCAGGCCACCACGAUAAUCCCUCUUGUCGUAUUGCAAGUGGUCAAUUGUGUAUCUCCACUUCACGUUUCCUUCUGGCUAUACGAGAGGCUUGCGUGUGUAUUUCUUUCUGCUCCCAGUGACAUAUUCCCGUCGGCUGGUGAAGCUGCGUUGACGACGCGGAUGCACGUCGCGAGGUCCGCGUUACCGACUCACGUCCAAAGAUUGAUGCUUUGUGCGUCGACGCAUGUGCUUGAGCAGAGAUCUCGUCCAGAACGACUGCCGCUGUUGAUGACGAUAUGAGCGCGCUGGAACCAACUAGAAGCUGGCCAGCAAAUGCUUCUGCCGACGUGCAUAGAGAUGACCAUGACCCCAAUUGAUCCAAAGAUUCGUCUCAGCAUGAGCAAUGCUUAUUGGCCACUAUCGAGUCAGAGCGCAGU